CAUAUUUGCAAUUAAUUCGUCUAUACCAUAAACAAAGGCUCAAGAAAGUUUCUUGCUUGCACUAUUAAUCAAUACGUUAUUAAACCGACCAAGCCCGCCGCACUAAAAAAUGUGCGGCCACAAAUUCAAAUAGGACGAUUAGAAAAGCCUGUCAUAUACGACUUUUGUCGAAUAACUUUCGACGAUAAUGGUCCUCGGACGAUUAGAAAUGAAGGAAGUGUGACGGAAUAGAAAAUGAAAUCACCCUUAUCAACGAAUAAUCAGUCGCUACACCCCCGGACCAGUGUCGAAGCUCGUUAACAUUUGCGUAACAUGACACAUAUCCGUGACGUAUUCAAAUUAUAGUCAGAGUCAAGGAGAGGCGGUGGUGAACAUGUGUAAUUGCAUACUAGUAAGCAAACUUAUCAUAACAUUUAUUAUAAACGGAAUAUCGCUGGCAUCGUUCUUCACCUAUAUAAACCGAAACGAGCUUGCAAAAUACAGAAACGCGAGGUCUCGAGAAGUGAACGUUGCUUAGUGGGUGGCCAUUGUUUACAUUGCAAGCGUCAAAAUGAAGUUCGUAAUACUUUUGCUGUUGGGUUAUUGCGCAGUGGCUCUGGCCAGACCAGACAAUAUACCAGAGAGUUCAACCAAGCCUGCGAAGGAGGACACAUCAGCAAGCAAUGACUCUCACGAGAAAGAUUCCGGAAAGGACGUAGCUAAAAAACACGACUCGGGUCCACCAUUGGUAGUGACCGUGAUAAUUAAUCGCGUGAUUAAAAUAGCCGCAGAAGUUUUGGGGGUAUCAGGCAUUAAAAACUCUCAAGAUUUAAUUGAUACAGUGCUUGACAAUCCUAUCGGCAAAAUAAUUUGGUCAACUGUCAAACCUAUUUUGUCUAACACGAAGAGGUUGGAGGUAGUAACUCGUGAAAUAAUUUCAUGGAUACAAUACGUUGCCUCAUUUGUUAUUCCUUUCCCCGUAGGUGUUGCGUUCAGCACGAGUUUCACUGUAAUCAAAUAUGUUUUCUCGACAAUUAACUCAGUGUUGGUAGUUGGAGUUAAGGCUAUAACAUAAUAUGUAAUACGAACGUUUAAUAACGUAAUCAAUUAAACGCAAAUGACAACUAUAUGAAAUGAAUAAAAAUCAUCCAUAAAUAUU